AUGGGCAAUCGUCAUAGCCAGUCUUACUCCCUCUCAGAAGGCAGUCAGCAGUUGCCCAAAGGGGACACCCAGCCCUCGCCAGCCAUGCAGCCUCUCAGCCACUCCUCAGGAAAUGGAGAGCCAGAGGCCCCACAGAUCGCCAAAGCGAGAAGUCAUCAGGGUUUUGAUGUGGAUCGAGAUGCCAAAAGACUGUACAAAGCCUGCAAAGGAGUGGGAACCGAUGAAGCAGUCAUCAUUGAAAUCUUAUCAAGCAGGACAUCGGAUGAGAGGCAACAAAUAAAGCAAAAGUACAAGACAACAUACGGCAAGGACCUGGAGGAGGUGCUCAAGAGUGAGCUGAGUGGAAACUUCGAGAAAACAGCCUUGGCCCUUCUGGACCGUCCCAGCGAGUAUGCCGCCCGCCAACUGCAGAAGGCCAUGAAGGGUCUGGGCACAGAUGAGGCCCUGCUCAUCGAGGUCCUGUGCUCAAGAACCAAUAAGGAAAUCAUCGCCAUUAAAGAGGCCUACCAAAGGCUAUUUGACAGGAGCCUUGAAUCAGAUGUCAAAGGUGAUACAAGUGGAAACCUAAAAAAAAUUCUGGUGUCCCUGCUACAGGCAAAUCGUGAUGAAGGAGACAACGUGGACAAAGAUCUAGCUGGUCAGGAUGCCAGAGAUCUGUAUGAUGCAGGGGAAGGCCGCUGGGGCACUGAUGAGCUCGCCUUCAAUGAAGUCCUGGCCAAGAGGAGCCACAAACAGUUACGAGCCACCUUUCAAGCCUACCAAAUUCUCAUCGGCAAAGACAUAGAAGCAGCCAUUGAAGAGGAAACAUCGGGAGAUUUGCAGAAGGCCUAUUUAACUCUAGUGAGAUGUGCCCGGGAUCGCGAGGGCUAUUUUGCCGAAUGUCUGUACAAGUCCAUGAAAGGUGCCGGGACCGAUGAGGAGACGUUAAUUCGCAUCCUUGUGACCAGGGCUGAGGUGGACCUUCAGGGGAUAAAAGCAAAGUUCCAAGAGAAGUAUCAGAAGUCCCUCUCUGACAUGGUUCACUCGGACACCUCUGGGGACUUCCGGAAACUGCUAGUGGCUCUCUUGCACUGAUGACGCAAUGGGAACAUGCGGAGAAACAACCUUUGUCAAGAGCACAUUCCAAACUAAACUUGUAAAUGAGACUCCAGCACAAAAAACCCUCAAGAGUCCUGGUUUAUUUUCUUGGCAGCUUAAAGCGGUGCAGCAGGCCAAGCUGUUUAAGUUAAGGGCAGCAACGUCAAGAUGCUUGGGCAGGUCACCUUGAACGCUGGUUUAGCAAGUAUCUGGGCUGCCUCUUAACUUUCCCUUAGCAUAAUAACUGAAUGCUUUCUAAGUACAAAUGAAAUCAGAAGUUGAAAAAAUUAGCCA